AUGCCAUACCCGUACAAUCGGUACCUAUCCGUAUCCGUAUCCACCAGCGGAAUCCGCAAUCGGGCUAGUCUAGUCUCUCCGCGGGCGGAAUUCCACCCGAACCCGCCCCUAACCACCACCCCCCCUCUUCACUCCUCCCCCUUCCGCCUAACCUCCACCCCCUCCGACCCCUCCCCCAACGAAACCGAAUACACCAAUCCAAACGAAUACUACAGUCCCUACAAACCCAAACGGCAAUGGCCCCCCGACAUGUCGAAACUCUCCCCGAAACAUCAAUUCCGACUUGAACGCAAGUACCGUCGUCGGGCGGCGCUGAAAUACGCUCGUCCGAAAUGGACCAAGGCGACCAAGUUGGUGCAGUGGGGGUGUAUUGGCUUCGUUCUGGUGUAUGCGAUGCUGUUUAUGGAGUGGGAUGAGCGGGGAAGUCCGUUUGAUGAGAUUCGGCGGACUUUCUUUGCCGGUGUCAAGGGAGCUUUCUCGACGCCACCGCCGCCUGGUCCGGUCAGGAGAGUGGCAGAGGAAUCGACUCGGGAAUAAACGAGCCAAUCUUCAGGCUGCAUCUUACAACAAGGCAGUGGAAUAGUCCAAUGGCUGCGAUACCCAUAGACCGCUUCAGCUACAUAGUUCGCGCACACAGUACCUGUACAACACCAUAUGAUUGAAUAUAAUGACAGCGAAAACCGCUCCUGUAACUAAGCAUAUCCACGGCCACAUCGCCGGCCUGCUAUAACGCAUCUGUCCAAAAAGAAUGAUCGGCCUGACAUGCAAUCAAAG